CUCCGGCAGGCGCACUGGGGCGUGCGUCCCGGAAUUAACGGGGAAGGGCGAGGGAUAACGGAUCCGCCGGAUUUAACCGAUUCCCGGAAAAACAGCGCGGCGUCCCGCCGGGCAGCCAGCAUCUGACGGCGGCGCACGGAGCGAGGCCCCCCACCCCCACAAAGCCCGUCUUCAUAGAUGAGGGGGUCCCUCCAUCCAUGGCCUUCUCCAGGUGACCUCCAGUGACCUCAGUCGCUCCUGACUGCAGCUUUAAAUCCCCGAUCCGCCGGGAGACAGGAUGCAGUGUGAGGAGGGGACCGAGUGGCUGCUGGAGUUGCUGACGGAUGUACAGUUGCAGCAGUACUUCCUGCGGAUCCGCGAUGACCUCAACGUCACGCGGCUCUCCCACUUCGACUACGUCAAGAACGAAGACCUGGAGAAGAUCGGCAUGGGGCGCCCGGGUCAAAGGAGGCUGUGGGAGGCAGUCAAGAGGAGGAGAGCCCUUUAUAAGCGCAAGUCCUGGAUGAGCAAGGUGUUCCCGGUGAAACGGUCCGACGCCGACCCCCAGCAGCCCCUCCCGCAGGGGGCGUCAUCCGGCCAGGCCCCGGCCAACAGCGAGCCGGGAGCCUCCCUCACCUGCCUGAUCAGGGAGUCGGAGCUGCAGCUGUUAGAGCGGCUGGGAGACGGCACGUUCGGAGUGGUGCGGAGGGGAGAAUGGACCGGACCCAAUGGCAGAGUGCUGUCAGUGGCGGUGAAGUGUCUGAAGGCAGGUGUGUUGGACUCAGACGGUCUGGACGAUUUCAUCAGGGAGGUGAAUGCCAUGCAUUCACUGAGCCACCAGAACCUCAUCCGGCUGUAUGGCAUCGUCCUCACACAGCCCAUGAAGAUGGUGACUGAGCUGGCCCCUCUGGGCUCCCUGUUGGAUCGUCUCAGAAAGCGCCAGGGUCACAUCCUCAUCUCCUCUCUCUGCAACUACGCCGUUCAGGUGGCGUGUGGCAUGGCCUACCUGGAGCAGAGGCGUUUCCUCCACAGAGACCUGGCUGCCCGCAACGUUCUGCUGUCCACCAAUGAAACGGUGAAGAUCGGAGACUUUGGCCUGAUGAGGGCGCUGCCAACACACACCGACCAAUACAUCAUGGAGGAGGGUCACAAAAUCCCCUUCCCAUGGUGUGCUCCGGAGUCUCUGAAGUCUCGCACUUUCUCUCAUGCGUCCGAUACCUGGAUGUUCGGGGUCACCCUGUGGGAGAUGUUCACCCACGGACAGGAGCCGUGGCUGGGCCUUAAUGGGAGCCAGAUCCUCCACAAGGUGGACGUGGAGGCCGAGAGGCUGUGUAAGCCAGAUGACUGCCCCCAGGAUGUCUACAACGUCAUGCUGCAGUGCUGGAGCCCCAAACCAGAGGACAGACCGACCUUCAUCGCUCUCAGAGACUUCCUGCUCGAGACAAUGCCCACGGAUAUGAGAGCGCUGCAGGACUUUGAGGAGGAAGACAAACUCCAGAUUAAAAUGAACGAUGUCAUCACCAUCAUAGAGGGAAGGGCGGAGCAUUACUGGUGGCGAGGUCAGAACAGGCGGACGCUGCGUGUCGCUCAGUUUCCGCGUCACGUGGUGACGUCGGUCGCCGGCCUGUCCGCCCACGACAUCAGCCGACCGCUCAAACACUCCUUCAUCCACACUGGGCACGGAGACACCGACCCUCACAGGAGCUGGGGGCAUGCAGACCGCAUAGACAGUCUGUAUUUGGGGAACCCCAUGGACCCCCCUGAUGUCCUUGGAAUGGAUUCGGGCAUCGCAAGACCAACCAAACUCCCCAACCGUGCCAAGAAGCAACCUCCCCCUCGUCCACCUCAGCCUGCGGUUCUGCUGAAAAAGCCAUUCUACGACUCGGUGAUGGACGAUUACGAGGAAGACGACGACGAGGACGACGCCAGCGCUUCGUCGGGCCUGAAGAGGCUGGGAGCGUCCCUGGGUCUGAGGCUCCGACCGUGGGAGGUGCCCGGGGUGCGCUUGGCCAAAAGCGAGGUGUCGCUCAUCGACUUCACCGACGACAGCUUCAGCUCGACCACGCCCUCGCCGCUCACUGACACACAACAGCCAGAUGAGGACACGCUGAAGGACACCCCCUCCAUCCUGGACUGGCCCCUGCCUCAGCCGGCCUAUGACGAGGUUGCUACGGAGCUCGAGGACCAAUCGGAGGACCAGGAGGUGCGAUCUAUCAACAAGGGACUGACUGAGGAGACCACGGUCACGCCCGGUGUUGCCGUUGCGGGCAGGAGCGAGUCGCAGUCAGCUGACCUCUUCCAGGAGCUUCAGAGAGAGGUGAUGGUGAAGCUGCAGGUUCCCAUGGCAACAGGCCGCUCCCUCCCCUCCUCCCCCCUGCCAAUGCCUCUUGCUCCUCUGGGCCCCCACCGACAGAUCUGCCUGCCUCCUCCCUCCCCCUCUUCCACCUUCCCCUCCUCCUUCGCCUCCUGCUUCGAGGACCGGCCCGUGCUGCCCCCUCGCAGCCCCGUCCCCCCGCUGCGUCCUUCCAAACACAACCUCUCCAACCGCAUCACCCAACCGCACAUCCGCUCCAGCUCCAUAUCUCUAGGGGACGAGGAUGACACGCCUCCUCAGAUCCCACCCAGAGACCAUGCCUUUUCUCAGCCGGGCUCCCGCUCCAGCUCUCCCCUCCCGCUGGUGCCGGCGCUCUCCUCCUCCACUAUUGCUCUACCUCCUCCUCCCCUCUCCAUCUCCCCACGCCGGGCGACUGGACUCCUGGGUCCCCUCCUGUCCUCCACCUCCACUUCCUCCUCCUCUUCCGCGCCUCAAACCACAUCCCAUCCUUCACGCCUUGCAGCUCCCAGCUCCUCCUCCUACUCCUCCAGCUCCUUACUGGGUCCUCUCACCUUUCACGAGGGACGUGGCCUGUCCUCGUUGAUUGACAGCUCACAGAGCUCUGCUCCCGCCCCGCUGCCAGAGAGACCAGCUUUUCUGGAAAGAUAUGGAGCAGCCAACUUGGCAGCAGUCAAACCCAUGAUGCAGCAGCAGCCCGGCGGAGCCAAACCAAAUUCCUCCUACAACAACAACAACGGGGGAACUGCAGCUCCCAGCAAGCAACACGAGCAGAGCAUCACUCAGGUGCAAGGAGCAGUUCAUGGUGUCACACUCGAGGAGUGUAAGGCCGCUCUGCAGAGUCACAACUGGAGCAUCUCUCAGGCUAUAACCCACUUGAAGGUGGAGCAGUUGUUUCGGUUGGGACUGCGAUCCAGAGCCGAGUGUGAGGAGCUUCUGCAGCGCUGCCAGUGGAACCUGGAACAGGCCAGCACAGUCAUGCUGGACACAUACGGACCACAUCGAAACAAGUAGGAAAAAACUCAGAAGUGACAGCAGGAGGACACGCUGAGCAGCAGUCAACUGCUGACGUGCCCCUGAUGUCAUUUGGAUCAACUCGCCGAUACUCAACUGCUCGGAUGACUCAUCGCUCCAAGGACUCGAGACGCGGUGAUGCUUUUUAAUGAAUGGAGAUAAAUAAGGCAGUAUACUGUAUGUGCCUCACUUUAUGUACUGUGAAUACCUGCUACUA